UUUGUAGAUCUACUGCUACGACAGUUUGUCAUCAAAGUUCUAUGCUACUCGACUGACGGUAUAAAGCUUGAGUUAGAUCAUGAAGAGAAUUUUCCAUUUUCCAUGAAAUUAAGCUUGUAUACCUGAUGUUGAGAACAGGAUAUGCUGCUACUCUCCUCUCCUCCUACUCUCAUCUUUGGUGGCGCAUCAAUUGGCGAUGCCUACAACACUGUCUCCGCCGUAUCUGAUCUCCUCUCAACACUGCAAACUCUUGGAAUCCAUCGAAUCGAUACCGCAGCAAGGUACCCCUCACCUCGCCCAGGAACGUCAGAGCUUCUACUUGGCGAGGUUAGCGCAGCAAAGCAAGGUUUUGCCAUUGACACCAAGAUAAUCCCACUUGGCGAUGGGUCAGGCAGUCUGGCGCCCCAGGCCGUUGGAAGGUCGCUAGAUGGGAGUUAUCAGAGAUUGAAACUUGGUGAAGAUGCCAAUGUCAAUGUGCUCUACUGUCACUGUCCUGACCCGCAGACCCCAUUGGAGGAACAGGCCGGUGGGCUAGAUGCGCAAUUCAGGCGUGGUCUGUUCAAGCAGCUCGGGAUUUCAAAUUUCAGUCCCGAGAUGUUGCAAGAUUUCCUCACCAUCUGCGACCGGCAUGGCUUCAUCAAGCCUUCUGUGUACCAAGGCCAAUACAAUGUACUCUGUCGCGACGUAGAGAAGGACUUACUUCCUAUACUGCGCAGACACGGGAUUGCGUUUGUUGCAUUUAGUCCUCUUGCAGGCGGCUUUCUCACCGGGCGCCUCACCACUGGUGAUGUCGCAGGCACUCGCUUCAGUGAUGGCAACGUCAUGGGACAGUACCUGCGGGUCCAAUAUGACAGGCACGAGAUGCACACUGCAGUGAAAGCUUUGCAAGAUGCACUCAAAAGGGAAGGUAUCGGAAAUGUUGAAGCUUGCUUGAGAUGGAUCUGCUGGCAUUCGGCGCUGAGGGAAGGAGAUGGGAUUAUUCUUGGCGCAAGUAGGUUGGAGCAGCUGAAUAAAAACUGUGAGGCGGUUAAGAGGGGCCCAUUACCAGAGAGCAUUGUGCAGGUAAUGGAUGCCUUGGGAAACAUGGAAGAAAGUAGUUGAGUUGCUUCUGGACUGUAAAAUAUUAAACUUCUCAUACUCUCAGUCAGUCAGAAGCAUGGCUCUGUGGCUGUCUAUGGGGAAUCACCAAAUACUACCGUAAAACGGACUCUUUGGUCUCAAAUAUCUCAAGGUAUGAAGUGAAAAUGAAAUGGGU